AUGACCAGCGUCUCAUCGAGCCUGACGCACUCCGGAGAGGGACACCGCUCGGUCAAGAUCAAACAUGCAUUUACUGUAGCCCAGCAUAGUACCAGUGAUUUACACGGACUUACACCCGACACAGUCCAUGUAAUAAUUAUGGCAUAUUUGACAUGUUCACAAAUAUGUAUGAAGUAUUUGCUGUUUAUUUUCAGUUUUGUUUUCUGGCUUGCAGGGACUGCGCUGUUUGCAGUCGCGCUGUGGUUACGUUUCAACUCCAAAACUAAAAGUUUUUUUGAGGGAGAACUAUCUGCCUCUCUGUUUCUAACAGGGGUUCACAUCCUCAUUGUCGCUGGAGCUCUCACCAUGGCACUGGGCUUCCUGGGCUGCUGUGGUGCCGUUAGGGAGUCGCCCAGCAUGCUCGGACUGUUCUUCUUCAUUUUGAUCAUUAUAUUUAUAUUGGAAGUUUCAGCUGGGAUAUGGGCAAUCACCAACAGCGAGAAGGUUUUGCAAAAUGUAGAGCGAUUCUACAAUGAAACAUACUAUGAGCAUUUAAAUAAAAAAACAGGAAUUCUCACAAAAACAAUUAACCUAAUACACAACACGCUUCACUGCUGCGGGCCGAAAAAACACAGCCCCACAUGUCAGAAGAAGGAGGGAGUGUCACUGAAAGUCAGAAGAAGUUGCUAUCCAGUCAUCAGACGCCUGUUCAAAGACAAACUUGAAAUCAUCGCUUUAGUUGGACUGCCUUUUGGAUUACUCACGAUCUUUGGUUUGGCCUCAAGCAUGGUGCUGUUUCACACCAUAAGACGACACAGAAUGUGAUGCCGAUUGUGGUGACCAUGACAACGCCAUGCCUUGCUCUCAGUUUUUUCAUGUAUACCUGAACCCUUCAGUUAACUAAAUGAAAAGACACCCAUUCAUUAGUUACAAAAUUCUUCCUUAAACAUUAUGAUUGUGUUUCUGAAAUGAGUGUAAUGACAAAGAACAAACAAUACUUAGUAGACUAAAUAUAAUCAAUUUGAUACAGUCAAAAUCAAUUAACGUUUAGUAUCAAAGGUGUUGAAAAUUAGCAGCUACUUGUUUUGAUUAUGUUUGGAACACAAACAUUCUUGUGAUGCUUUUUAUGCUAAAAAUAGGACUUUAAUUUUCAAAAUUUGUUAGCAAUAUUUUUUUCCAAAACACUUGACAUAACUGCAGUGAUGACAUUUU